CCAACACGCAUGCGCAAACAGCUGAGCGUAAACAGUCAUGGCGCUACCUGAAGGAGCUGUGGGGGUAAAGAUGCUGCUCUGCAGCCGCACUUUGUACAAAUUCGCCUCGUUUUCAGGUGCCCGCUCGCUGUCUGAGAAUGUGUCAUCUCAGUCUGUAACGACCAAGCCUCCAGAGAUCGCAAAGGACCAUUUAAUCUACACACAAGAGCACUUUGCGUUGAAGGAGGCCCUCAGGAAGAUCAUCGACCAGGAGAUUAACCCAUAUGUAGAUCAGUGGGAAGCAGAAGGGACAUUUCCAGCCCACAAAAUCUUCAAGAUACUGGGAAAUGCAGGCUUUCUUGGAGUGAACAAACCAGUUGAGUACGGAGGCUUGGGACUCGACUUCAGCUACAGCAUUGCUAUAGCAGAGGAGCUGGGCAACAUUCACUGCGGUGGCAUUCCCAUGGCCAUUGGUGUACAAAGUGACAUGGCUACACCAGCUCUGGCCAGGUUUGGUUCAGAUGAGCUCAAGAAAGAGUUCCUGGUACCCUCCAUCAUGGGGGACAAAGUGGCCUGUCUCGGUGUGAGUGAGGUUGGAGCUGGCUCUGAUGUAUCAAGUAUUAAGACCAAGGCAGUGAAAAAAGGGGAUGAAUAUGUGAUAAAUGGAGGAAAGAUGUGGACAACCAAUGGUACCCAGGCUGACUGGAUGUGUCUACUUGCCAACACCAGCGAUGGACCCCCACACAGGAACAAAUCUCUCAUCUGUUUACCCAUGAACUUGCCAGGAGUGCAUGUUGCCCGGAAGAUUAAUAAAAUAGGGAUGUGGUCAUCAGAUACAGCGGAAGUCUUUUUCGAUGAUGUCCACGUGCCCUGCAAGAACAUCAUCGGCCAGGAAGGCAUGGGUUUCACCUAUCAGAUGCUUCAGUUCCAGGAAGAGAGGCUCUGGGCCGUGGCCAAUAUUGUGACCACGAUGGACAACAUCAUUCAGGAAACCAUAGAUUACACGCGGCAGAGGAAGAUCUUCAAGCAGCCUGUCCUCUAUCACCAGGCAGUUCACUUCAGGUUGGCUGAGCUUCAGACGGAGGUUGAGCUGCUCCGCUCCCUCCUAUACCGCGCUUCAGCAAUGUACAUUAAAGGGAAUGAUGUGACAAAGUUGGCUUCUAUGGCCAAGUUAAAGGGCGGCCGCCUUGCAAGAGAACUGAGCGACAGCUGUCUGCAGUACUGGGGAGGGAUGGGCUACACCAGUGAAGUGCCAGUCAGCAGAUUCUACAGGGAUUCCAGGUUGAUGUCGAUUGGUGCAGGAGCUGAUGAGGUCAUGCUGGGAAUUAUCUGCAGAUACAUGGACACACUGCCCAAGAAGUGAUCUUAUCAAAGGGAUCUUCCGGACUGAUGUCACAUCCGUCCUAAAAGCGUGCCAAUCGUAUCACCAAAGUGCAAUUCUGACAUGUUUAAGUGUUCAAUAGUUGGGACUUACUUUUAAUUUUAUUCAUAGUUACUAGCUUGUUCUCAUGAGAUAAACACUAAAGUUUUCUCAUUUUAAUAUAAGUGAUCCUUUUGUAAAGACUUUAUUUUUGUAGAAUAAAGCUAAAUGACAUGUUUUAAACUGUCUUUUUACACAUUGACAAAUUUAUGCAGAUCUCCAUGACAUCCACUAUGUGCUAAUAGAACACAAUUAUGCAGACUUGUUUAGAACGUAAAAUUUGUUUAUUUACAAUAACACUUUUACAUCAAUUACGAAACAAAGAUAUCGCUGUCAUGAAUCUGAUGACUGUAUAUUCAUUUAUUCUUUAGCAUAAACACCUAUAGUAAAUUGCAUCUGUAGGGUGUUAUUGCUUACAAUUAAAAUAACUUAACACAA